UCAGCGAAGAGAAGGAGGUAGAAACCGGCACUAAAUUAAAACCAAACCAAACCCCGACCCGAGCCAGCUGUUUGAAGGCGCUGAUACCCAGGAGGGGGAAUGACCAACCACCCAUCGUCCUCCAGCGGCAUGCAGAGCCCCCGGAAAGAGCACCUGUAUAAGGUGCUGGUUAUCGGUGACCUGGGGGUCGGGAAGACCUCAGUCAUAAGGCGCUACGUCCACCAGACCUACUCCACAAACUACCGAGCCACCAUCGGAGUGGACUUUGCCCUGAAGGUGCUGAACUGGGACUCUGAGACAGUCCGGCUUCAGCUGUGGGACAUCGCAGGUCAGGAACGCUUUGGUAACAUGACACGAGUGUACUACCGUGAAGCCAUGGGAGCCUUCAUCGUGUUUGAUGUGACACGGCCCACGACCUUUGAAGCAGUCACCAAGUGGAAAGAGGACCUGGACUCCAAACUCAUGCUGGCUAACGGACAGAGCAUUGCCACUGUGCUGCUGGCUAACAAAUGUGAUCAGGGCAGGGACGAGUUCAGCAAUAACGGCAUCAAAAUGGACCAGUUCUGCAAAGACAAUGGCUUUGUUGGGUGGUUCGAGACCUCUGCCAAGGACAAUAUCAACAUCAAUGAAGCUGCAAACUUCCUGGUCAAACACAUUAUGGCCACAGAGAGCGACAUCCUGAAGUCGGUGGUGCCAGACACCAUCUCACCAAAGCUGGACCCCAACAGGCAGAUGAGUUGCUCCGGCUGCUUCAAAUCAUAAAGGGAGGGAGUGGUGGCAGGACGGGACAGAAUGGAGAUUCAGUGGAAAAAAGAGGGACAGAACCACAUGAUGGCCUUCCAAGGAAAUCUAAGGGUGCGAUCACACCUACAGUUACUUUGUUUCUCAACAGAAGUUGAAAGAAUUCAGUUUGUUGUGGUUUUGCAUUUGGUGUCAUGGUGCUCAAUUAGAAGCGGACCAGGGCUUGUAAAGAAAAGUCACAUGGACUCACAAGUAGCGUGCUAAUCAGACAGAGCUUCAGGAAC